UGUGGGCUCGAGUCGCGCGUCGGUGCGUGUCACGCGUUCUCCUUGCGGGUCCCCUCGGGUGUUGGAUCCCCUUCGCGCUCCUGCUACCCGAUUCCUUCGGUCAUGGGGGUCCCUAAGAGGAAGGCCCCGGGAGGCCAGGACGGCGCGGCUUCCCCCGCGGGCGCAGUCAAGCGGGCCCGCGCGGAAGAGCUCACCGGCGUGCGGUUCAAGGCUCAGCUGAAGGAUCCUCAGGGCGCGGGGUCGGCCUUGGAAACGUUUGUCUCUUCUGCCAAGAAGCUGCCGCGAGAAGGCGUGUAUGAUGUGGUGGAAGAAUAUAUAAAGAUCUCGGUUGAGUGUGCAGAAAUUUUCCAGUUCCUGAGUGGAGACAAGCGACCUGAAAAUGAAAUGCUAUUAACAUUUCAAGCAUUGGAGGCCAUCUUACUGCGGACAGCAAGUGACCUCUCACAUUUUCAUGUUGUGGGAACCAACAUCGUGAAAAAGCUCCUGAAUAACCACAUGAAGCUCAUCUGCGAGUCCCUGUAUGCCUCAGGCUACAAGAUGGCUCGAGCCUGCCUGAACCUGAUGGCUGCCCUGGUGGCCCAGGGUCCUGAAGCAGCCAGGGAUGUCUGCAGCCAAUUCGAUUGGAGUAAAAAGCCCCUGUACGCCCUGGCAACCAAGAGGGAUUCCAAGGGGGUGCCUGACGUCCGGCUGGCCUACGUGCAGUUCGCCAUUUCCUUUUUAGUUGCCGGGGACGACAGCACCAUAGCGCAAGUGCUGGAGUUGAAAGAAUUUAUUCCUUGCAUUUUUAGCUCAGGCAUAAAGGAAGAUAGGAUUUCUACCAUCAAUCUUUUGUUAUCCACGCUGAAAACAAAGGUAGUUCACAAUAAAAACAUCACAAAAACCCAGAAAGUGCGUUUUUUUACUGGGCAGUUACUGAACCACAUAGCAUCUCUCUAUUGCUGGAGUGGGAUUACGGAUGUGAGCACAGAAAAUGUCAAGGCUUCUGCUGAGGAUGCAGGGAAGACCACGGUGAGGGAGCUGGUUCAUAACUUCCUGCUGGAUCUUUGCUGUUCGCUCAAGCACGGGAUUAACUUUUAUGAUGCAUCUUUAGGUACCUUUGGCAGAGGAGGAAACCUGACACUGUUACACUUCUUACUGGGGUUGAAAACUGCAGCUGACGAUGAGCUGGUGGCUGAACUAGUGGUGAAUAUCCUCAAAGUGUGCCCAGACCUGCUCCACAGAUACUUCAAGGAAGUGACCUUUUCCUUCCUGCCAAGGGCGAAGUCUACUUGGUUAAAUAAUAUCAAACUUCUAAACAAGAUCUAUGAAGCACAGCCAGAGAUUUCCAGGGCAUUUCAGACCACAGAGUUUAUCCCCCUGCCCCGGCUCCUCUCGAUGGUGAUGGUGACCACCGUGCCCCUCGUGUGCAACAAGAUCAUGUUCACCCAGGCACUGAAUCUGGACAGCGUAUCAGUGAGACACACAGCUCUUGCCCUCCUUUCCGUCAUUUUGAAGAGAGCGUUAAAAACCAUCGACCACUGCCUGAACAAAGAAGCAUGGCAGGAAUCAGGCAUGUACACCCCUGCGAUGAUGGAGGAUUUUGUGCGGCUCUUCAGAGAGGCCCUGAGCAAGAUUUUACCAGACCUGAACACUAUUGUGUGGGUCUGGCAGUCACUUAGAAAGCAGGAGACCAAACCAGGCGAUGAGAAAGGGAAGAAGAAGGGAGACGUGGCUUCUGCUGCCAACGCGGAUCGCCAGUGUGAUGAUGCAGAAACCAUUCUCCUGAAAGCUGCUCUGCUGCAGGCCAUAUGCCUGUACCAGAAGGUAGUCCCCCACCUGAUCAUGCAGUACAACUUUGACUUCAGCAAGCUUCUGAAAGGCGUCAUCUCGGAGCAGGGCCUGUGGGAGGCAGUGCCACCCAUUCUGCAGCACCACAUUCUUCAGGUGGCCCUGGAGCUGCCCGCCAGCAAGUUCCUGUGGUUAAAGGCACAGGAAGGCCCAGAUGCAGAAAUUAUUGGAGGAGAAAGAUCAGUGUUUUACUUACUGAUGAAAAUGUUUGUGAGCAGCAACCAUUCACAACUCAAGUUGUCAACAAAACUUCUGAUCAUGAAGAUUCUGCGUGACACUGGAGUGUUUGAGCACACCUGGAAGGAGCUGGAACUGUGGCUGGAGCACUUAGAAGACACCAUGCAAGAGAAAAAAGAAACCGUGAUUCAGUUUUUGGAAAGUAUUUUAUUGACUUUGGUGGCGAAUCCCUAUUCAUAUACAGACAAAGCAUCUGACUUUGUCCAAGAAGCCAGCACGCUGCAGGCCACAGGGACGAGGCAAGACGCUGAUGACGUCAGCAUCCCCGUCUCCCAUAUCGAUGACGUUCUGGACAUGGUGGAUGUCCUGGUGGAGGGCAGCGAAGGCCUGGAUGAGGAAAUCGGGUUCUUAUUGAACGAAGACAUGGUCCUGCUCACGUUUCCUUUCAGUGCCCUGGUCCCUGCGGCCCUGGAAUCCCGGAAUAAGUUGCUCCUUGGGGCAGAAAACGAAGCAGGAGAAAGCAUCGUGCUGUAUCUGACGGCAGUGCUGACAGACCUCCUGCACACCCAGAGGGACCCCCUGGCCCUGUGUCUUUUGCUUCAGGCUUACGACAAGCUGGAGCCUCCACAGCCGUCCUGCCACGCUCAGCUCAGCCGCUUUAACAGAUACUACAGCCUCUGGAUCCCGGAGCAGGCCCGGGAGGCCUUGCCACUUCAGACAUCGGGCAGCGCUGUCCCCCAUGCUCCUUCUUCAGACUCCUCCUUUGCCGCCCUGCUGAAGACGGCCUACGAGAGCGAGGGUGCGCUCCUGGACGAGCAGGUGCAGGCUCGCCUGCGGGUGGCCAUCCCGCACCUCCCCAAGCACCAGGUGCUGCGCUCGGCGAGACACGUGCUGCUGUACCUCAGGAGCACCGUGGAGAACUUCAGCCAGCUGGGCAGAGGUGCGGGACCCCCCCGCCUGCAGCUCUUCCUGGAUCUCCUCAGGGGCCUGGUGGUCCAUGGCGAGCAGCUGGACGCCCAGGCCCAGCAGCAAUAUGAGGCCACCCGGGCCGCAACCGACCUCUUUGUGGACAUGGAGACCGUGGCCUCACUGGAGUCAGCUGAUGACAAGAUGCUGGAGGAGCUGCUCGUGGCCAUCCUCAGACAUCCCACCCUGGAGAGCUGGUACCUGGCUCUGGAGCAGCAGGCCCUCCCCCCACACACCCUCAGCCCCAUCCUGGUGAAGCUUCUGGCAUCCCAUUUGAGUGCAGGGGUCCUUCAGCUGCUGAUAGCAAGUGCCCCCAUCCUCCAGAACAUGGGGCAGCUGGGCCUCCUGGCCAGGUACUUGGAGGCCAUCACCCAGAGCAUUUUGAAAGAGCUGCAUGCCAGGAAGAUGGGCCCAGUCACGUCACCCCCAAAGACCCUUCCACAGCUGGAGGCCCUGCAGGCCCUGCACCCCUACAUGGAGGGCCCCCAGCUUCGUGAGGUCACCCUGGCCCUGCUGAGCCUGCCCGAGGCCUGCCUGGUGGCCCCACAACCCACGAAGUCCACCGGGAAGGAGAGGCCCCUGAAUGCUCUCGGGCAGACCUUGGUCCAGCUGCUGACCAGCAGCCCCCAGGAGCAGCUGCAGAGUGGCGAGCGCCUCUGGUCUGCCGAGUACAUGAGGGGCCUGGGAGCUCUGCUUCCCUCGCUGGCCGUGGAGGAGCUGGAAGCCGUUUUCCUGCACACCCUGCAGAGAGACCUGCUGCUGGCCUCCGUGCUCGGGGUCAACCUGCUCAAUCACUGCCUGGCCCGGCGGACGCAGGCGGCCCUCCACCUCGCAGCCCUGCUCCUGCAGCACAGCUGCUCCCACCUGCUGCGCUUUGAGCUCUGGUGCCUGCAGGCCGGCUCGGGGCUCCACCUGCAGGAGGCCCUCGAUGACUUCCUCCCCCUCGUCCAUGUGUACCUCCGGUGCAGGACUCGGGGACAGUUCACGCGCCCCACAGGAGUGUCCUCUGCUGUCAUUCCUGUCUUGAGGAAGGCCCUUUGGAGGCAGCUGCAGGACAGGCUUCUCCACGCCGACGAUCCCCCAGAGUAUGGGCUGCACCAGGAGAUCCUAGCCCAGCUGGUCCCAUUUGCCAGAGCCAAGGAUCUCAGGGUCCUCGUGGACUGUCUGCCUACCUUGCUCCAGAUGCCAAGCGGUCUCAAGAGUUGGAUCGUGGCUGACGCUAUCUCCGCAGUUCUGGAUGGGUCAGCAGAAGAGCUGCGAGCCUGGAGGAAAACGCUCCUGGAGUCUUGUAUGAAGUGGCUGCUCGUUUCUUUCAGUGAUAACCAGCAAGCUGACGACAAGACUCAGGAUCAAGAGAAGCAAAUGCUGCUGAGAUUAAACGAGCUCUUGCAUUCUCUUAAUGAAGUUGAUCCUGGCGAUUGGCAGAAAUUUGUGAAAACUGGACUCAAGUUUCGGUAUCAGGACCACAUGUUUUUAAAAACCCUCCAUGCUGCCCUAGAGCUCCUGUAUUUCCAGGAAAGCUCACUGCACACAAAGCUUGUCCAGCUCCCGGUGGUGCACAUGAUGCUCACCCAGCACUCUCUGUUUCUGCCGACACUGCUGAAGUCUGAAGAGGAGGAGAACCCAGACAGUCACGUAAAAGAAGCGCUGGUGGACGUGAUGUCAACGGUGGUAAAGAUGUGCCCCUCGGUCUGUGAGAGCAGCCACUUUGCAGUGCUUCUCGGGGCCUACGGCGCCUCUCUCAGUGUCCUGGACCAGAAGAUUUUACUUCUCCUGCGGGCGUAUGAGAAGAACCACCUCAGCCUGGUUGACUUCAGGGUGCUGCUGUGGGGCCCGGCGGCUGUGGAGCAUCACAAGACAUGCCGGAGCCUGGGCAAGUCACUGUGGCAGCAGCCGAGUGUUGGGGAUGUCCUCCGCCUGCUGGAUCGGGACCGUAUGCUGAAGACCAUCCUCCAUUUCCCUCAGAACCGGAGGCUGCUGCCACCCGAGGAUGUGCAGGAACUGAUCAUUAAAGACGGGAGUGAGGUGGAUCUUGGUGUCCUCUAUGACCCCUGCUUUCUCCUUCAUCUCUUCAGUGAAUUGACUAGGCCAGAAUUUGUGAUGGAUUGUAGAAAAUUUUUGGACUCGAAUGCCCUGGGCUUGACUGUCACAGCCCUCAGCAGCUAUGACCCCAAGAUGCGAGCUGCAGCCUACUACGUGCUGGCGGCCUACUACUUGCAGCUGGAGGGGGCACGGUUCCGAGAGCAGUCCCAGCUGCUUUACCUGUUGGAUGUAGUCCGGAAUGGGAUCCGAACUCAGAACAUGAGACUUACCUUUUCCUUGACUCUCUUCAUUGCCAAAGCGGCCCUGCAAAUUUUGAAACCAGAGGAGCACAUGUACUUGAAGAUCAGCAAGUUCCUGCUGUCACAUCAGUCUCUGAAUAUGAGCAAAGUUCCGGGCUUCUACCAGUUCUUCUACAGCUCGGACUUUGAGCAAAAAACCGAGCGGGAAUGGGUGUUAAGCAUUUUGCGGCAGGGCAUCCGGGACAAGCACUGCUAUGAGCUAUAUGUCCGGCAGGGUAUUUUCCAUGUCAUUCUGUCCUUCUUCAACAGCCCACUGUGUGAUGAAACGGCUCAGAAUUGGAUUCUGGAAAUUCUACGGAAUGCUGCCCGGGUUACCAAAUCUGCCUAUGAACUCCUGCGGGACUACAGCCUCCUGACGUGGGUCAUGCACAUCCUCGAGAACAAGUUCCUGGAGACACCACUGCUCUCUAAUGUCAUCUCCUUGGUGCACACACUGUGGGUGACCAACCUGGGGGACAAAGGAGUGGAGGUGCGGAGGCAGCCUCUGUGCAAGCCUGGGGCCCAGGAUCCUCCAAAGCUGCUGGCUCUGCAUGUUGUCAACGAGUUCCUGUACGUGCUCCUUCUGCUCAUGAAGCAUCUGAGGCCCACCUUGGACGUGGCCCAGCUGACCAAUUUCUUUGGGGCUCUCGACUCCGUGCUGAGGUACCGGGCUACCAUCAUGCAGGCCUUCCGGAAAAUGAACCGGUUCACCGUGAACGAGGAGGUGCUUUCCACCAAGGAUGUCCUCAUUCUCUUGCACAAAUGGAGCCUCGUCGAAAAAGAUGUCACGCUCCAAGAAGACUUGAAAGCAAUCGUUGAGAAAUACCAAGUCAAGGAGCUAAUGAAAAUGAUCAGAGAUAAGAACAAGCCUGUGGUGCCCACCCGAGCCAGAGGCCCCCGGGGCCGAAAGAGGAGGCCUGGGGAGGCAGAGGAGAUGGCCACCCCCGAGCUGAGGGUGUCCAGCUUGGAGACCUGCAGGGGCCUCCUGAGGUCCACACUGACCCACUGGGGGCCCGUGUUCCCCCGCUCUGAGCCUGUGCAGGAGCCCUCAGAUGGGGCCCCCCCUGAGAGUGCUGCCCCGGGCCCUGUGCAGGCCGCCGCUGCCCUGGUGGUCCGCUGGCUGCUGGCCUCAGUGGCAGGGCACUCGCUUAGCGAGACAGAGGCUGCUGGACUCCUUGGCUGGCUGCAGAGCCACAUCUUGCCCCACCCGGGGGUUGUGGCGGACCUACUCAGGGACAGUGGCUUGAGGAGUGGCCUGUUCGAGCUGUACAGCCAGCUCUGCGGAGCUGAGAAGCUGACGGGGCCCACGCAGGCUGCGGCCUGCCUGUUCAACACGGUCAUGCUGCAGCUCCUGGCAGCACAGGGCGCGGCGGGGAGCCCGGCCCACCUGGCCAUCAAGGCCCUCUCCCACGUCGCUCUGCAGGAGGAGGAUGAGGCCACGCGAGCCACUGCAGCUUUCCUGACGUCACUGUACAUUAAGGACGUCUGGCUGGGAGCCCCGCGGCCAGAUGCCCUCUUCACCCAUGCCCGGAUGGUCUGUGAUGCCUCAGAGGAGGCACGAGACGGAGACAGAGGCAGGAGCCCGGUCCCAGAGGAGCCCAUCGUCCUGCUCUCCAGAGACCUUGCCGCCUCUGCCUCGGACGCCUGAUGCCCCGCUGGCCGGUGCCUGCCCUCCAGCUUCUGGAAGUUUGGUCGAGUCGGUGUUUCAGGGAAGACAUGUGCAGUGACGGGCUCGGUACACUGACCCACUUCCCUGACGGGAAGAGCUGAGUUUAUUUCGCUGACCGGUAAAUAAUGAACUCUAAGGACUGUAUGAAGUGGUCAGAGUUGUAGUGACUGGGUGCUUCAGGGCCAUGGGGCCCGACGGGCAUUCAGGUGGGCAAGACCCUGCCUCGCGGAGCCCAGUCAUUCUCCAAAGGCAGGACCUCGAGUUGAGGUCAUACUCGUGAGUGCUCAUGGGUUUCAUGGGUUUUAAAACUGAAAGUUCAGAAAAUCAGAUUAAGAACAUGAGACCUAUUUAAAGUUCUCUUCCUGUAAGAAGUCACAACAAAGUUAUGCAUAUCAUUUUGACUUAGUUCCUGCCAGUGUUUAUUAAUUGCUUUGUUAAGUAAAAGGAAUUUACACUAAAUCCUUAAUGUGUAAAAUUGAUUUGACCUCUGCUUUGGGAAAGUAGCCUGUAUUUUCUUUUUUUCUUCUGUUUUAAUGCAAUUUCAUUGAGAUAUAGUCACACAAAAGCCUGUAUUUUCUGAAGUUGUGUUUCAAAGAGGAAGAAUUUAAUAACUUGUUAAUAAAUGUCUAUUUUUGUAA